UGUAUUCAUUGUUUUUGUGAUGUGCGGUUGAAUUAAACGGAGUUAUGAAUGGAAGGAAGCGAAUUUUGAGGCGACAGCAUUGUAUUCGUGGUGACGAGAUGCCGGUAAGGGACGGCGUGAAAAGGUCCCUGGUCGGUGUCAUCGAUGAUGGAACGAAGACUGUCCGAUUUGUGAUAUAUGAAGCUGAGAGGUCCGAGGAGUUGGCAUCGUACCAGCUCGACAAAACCGAGGCCCAGCCUCAGGAGGGCUGGUACGAACAGGACCCUCGGGAGAUCUUGCACCACAUCAAAACGUGCGCGGAGAAUGCCGUUGACCAGCUCACUGAAUUAGGUUAUUCAAAAGAAGAUAUUAUAACGCUGGGUAUCACAAAUCAGCGGGAGACAACGAUAGCAUGGGAUAAGUUCACAGGAGAACCUUUACAUCCUGCCAUAUCAUGGAACGACAUACGAACAGACAGCACAGUGGACGCGAUACUGGCCAAAGUUCCCGACAGGAACAAGAACUACCUGAAGAACAUCUCCGGGCUGCCCAUCAGCCCGUACUUCAGCGCGCUCAAGAUGCGCUGGAUGAAGGACAACAUCAAGGCGGUACGGCGCGCCAGCAGGGACAAGCGACUGCUGUUCGGUACUGUGGACUCGUGGAUCGUAUGGAAUCUAACAGGCGGACCCCUUGGGGGUCUUCACAUCACUGACGUAACAAAUGCGUCAAGAACUUUACUCAUGAAUUUAGAAACUUUGAACUGGGACCCUAUGCUAUGUAGGUUAUUCGGCAUCCACCGAGAUUCGCUGCCUCAGAUUCACAGCAGUUCAGAAAUUUACGGCACAGUCAAGGACGGAUCAAUAUUAAACGGAAUUAGGAUAUCAGGGAUUUUAGGCAACCAGCAGUCAGCGCUGGUGGGUCAGAACUGCCUCCAAGCCGGUCAAGCCAAGAACACGUACAGGAGCGGCUGCUUCCUCCUCUACAACACCGGCACGCGGCGCGUGCAGUCCACUCACGGGCUAUUGACCACCGUCGCCUACAAACUGGGGCCGAACGCUCCCGCUGUAUAUGCUUUAGAAGGUUCGAUAGCGGUGGCCGGUGGAGCGAUGAAGUUCCUCCGCGACAACCUGAAGCUCAUCAAGGACGUGGCGCAGGACACGGAGCACAUCGCCGGGCAGGUGUUCUCCACCGGCGACGUGUACUUCGUGCCCGCGCUCAACGGCCUGUACGCGCCCUACUGGAGGAAGGACGCCAGGGGUAUAAUCUGCGGUCUAACUGCGUUCACCACGAAGAACCACAUCAUACGCGCUGCCUUAGAGGCGGUCUGCUUUCAGACCAGGGAUAUCCUCGAAGCCAUGAACAAGGACUGCGGCAUGCCGUUGUCGAAACUCCACGUGGACGGCAAGAUGACUUCCAACGACUUGCUGAUGCAACUGCAGGCUGACCUUGUAGGAAUUCCUGUUUUGCGUGCCCAAUCGUGGGACAUGUCAGCGCUGGGCGUGGCCAUCGUGGCGGGCCACUCGGUGGGCGUGUGGAGCUGCGACCGGUGGCGCCACCACGCCACGCCGACCGACACCUUCCUGCCGACCACCACUGACGACGACCGCGACGCGCGAUACACCAAAUGGAAGAUGGCGGUGCAACGCUCCCUCGGCUGGGCGUCCACCAAGAAGUCCAUCACGAUGACAGAGGAAAGGUACAGCUUGCUGGCAUCUAUACCGGCGGCCUUAUAUCUGAUGGGAAGCUUUACUAUGCUAGUCGUGUCUAAUAUACUAAAGGACAGUUGAUUUUAUGCUUUAUUGUCUAAGUGUUAAGUGUCAAUUUGUUGUUGUUAUAUUUCCAUACUAUGUUAUAAAGUUUGUCGCCCAUUGUACAGGACCGUGCCACAUACUUAAUGUAUUUGUCUGCAACUACGACUAACCUUGUGCUAGAAAUAUUUGCGACAAUAAUUUCAUGGAGGCUUAAAACGACCAUUGAUAUAUCUUGUUGUGCUGUUUCAGCUAUUAAGUAGGAUUAUUAUGUUGUUUAAUUGAUAGGCUUUGGCUUAACGUAUGCGCUAUAGUAUUAAAUCAUUAUCCACCCUAAAGAUUAGUUGCACACAAAAACAUACACAAACACGCGCGCAAAAUAUUGUCAAUAAAGUUGAGUAAAGUUUCUUAGGCGGUACCCAUUGACCUCAUAUAAUAAAAGGAUGCAUAAUCAUGUAGAAAAUUUCACUUGAAAACGGGCCAAUUUUGCUUUAAAAGUUUAAGAAUUUAAAUUAUUAAUAGAAAAAAGGCCUUUUAAAUAUAGUACAAUUUUCAAUUAAAUCCCAAAUUUAGAGCAAAUUCAACCUUAAAGAUUAAGUUUAAGGUUGAAUUUGCAAUGCGACUACUUGAAUUGAGUUCCAAUAAGUGUAAUGAGUGUUUGGCACUCAUUGAGUGGGGACCUUUUUUCGGUCGCUGAUUGUGCAUCCACUCUUUAAUAGGAGAUCGAUGGCCGUACCUAAUGCUAGCAACUCACGGUCCAAUAAUUUCUGCGUUGGUCGCGAUGUGCAUGAUAUCAUGCAAAAGAUCCGAAACACGAUCAGUUUUAUCGGAUGUCAAGCCAUUAGCACUGCAGGCAUGUGGGCUUAUUGGAUGAUGGGUAGCUAGCAUAGGAAAAUAAUACUGUAAUAUCAUUUUAGCCAACCUUUUUUACCUUAGUUUAUAUGACAAUAUUAGCUACUAAGGUGGUCAACGUAUUUAUUUUUAUUCCUAUCAUUUAUUUAUUUGUAUUGAAUAGUUUAUCGUUUAAAUAUAAAUAACUAGAUGGCGCUACAUCAAAAAAAACUCAAGCUAUCGUUGUGUUCGCCCAAGUAGUAUAUGUAUGCGGUUUCGAAAUGUAAUCGUCGGUCUGGAUCUUAAAAGGUCCUGGGUUCGAUUUCUAAGAUUUUUGAAGUGGUUAUUGUACUGUAAUGUACAUAUACCCAUAGAAUUUAAAUUUAUAAUAAGAUAAGAUCAACGUUCGUGCUAGUCGCUUACAGUCAAUUGAAAGAUAAAUCAUUAAAAAUAUUGUUUUAAUUAGAAAAAAAAAUACAUUGCUUAGUACCUUGAAUGCAGCUACGACUUUUAAGACAGGCAUGGCAUGGUCUUCUACAGUAGGCGACAUAACAUCCUAUUCUAUAUACUACGACAUGUUUUCCAAGCUACUCUGUGAAAUAAUUAUGGUUAAGUGUGUUAUUGUAAACAAAAACAAAAUGCUCAAAAUCUUUAUAAUUUUUUUUGGCUAAAUCUGUUAAGUCAGUUAAGUUGCAGUUUUUUUUAUGUAUUAGUGAUAUCUAUUGGUUGGUAAACAAACGACUGUGUUGAUUUUUAAUUUAUAAAUCUAAUCUGUUUUAACAUGAUAUUAGAAGUGCUUAAUUGAAUCCAAAAAAAAUAUACAGGUAUAACUUGGUAUUCUCAAGCGCCAUAUUGAUUUGCUGAUGACGUCAUUCAUAUAGCCAGUGUACAUUUAAAGUGUUAAAUCUCUUUGAUUCUAUUCUGACAUAAAAAGACUAUAAAUUAAAAAAUAAUUAUGGUAUUUAUUACGUCGAGUACGUAUUUGUAAUUUAGUAGUUAAAUAAUAAUUUUUACUACUGCAAUGAUUCCUAUGGCAAUUAGUUUUUGCAUUUCGUACUUUUCAUUAGCUUUUAAGUAUUUAUAUUCAUUUUGAUUAUUUUAAUUAUUGAUUUAUUGUGAUAUAGCUAGUUUUUUUAUACUGUAAUUUAAUUUAUAGUUUGUUUUUUAGAACUUGAACUAUCGUGAGUGUUAUUCAUUUUAAUUGAUUAUGAAACACGGCUAAAACUCAUCUGAUAUAAGGUCGCAGUAUGCCCGACUAGUUUUGGAACCCAUACGGGGCCUUAGUCAUGAGCAACGCGGCACGAUCCAAACUGCAAAGCGGCGGCGCGCAGCCGCUCGCAUCGCGCGUUGGGAGAGGGGUUGAGUGGUGGGGCUUAUUUCGACCUUAUACCACUUGAGUUUUAGCCUUGUUUCAUAAUUAAUUAUAGACUUUGUUUUGUACUGUUUUUUUUGUACUUAACAUCUUCUACGAAGAAUGUAACAAGGCAUGAAUGUAAAUUGUUUUAUGACCUUCGGAGUCAGGGUAUUGGCAGACUUUAAAGGAAAUGCUAUUUUUUUUCUAUAUUCUAAUGAGAUAAACCCAGGCCCAGUGCAAACGAAAUGCUAGCGGUCCGAUAAACCUGCCUGCAACGCUGCCAGAAUGACAUCCAGUAAAACUCAUGUGUUUUGGUCGCGAUUUUUGCUUCAAGCCGACUCGUCAUGCAUAUCACGAUCAACACACGAUGAGUUUUGCCGGACGUCAUGCCAGUAGCGCUCCAGGCAUGGGGAUAUUUCGGACUGUGGGUGGCUAGCGAAAUGUAAAUUGGGCACAAGUACGUAACUAAAUACUGCAUAGAGGGCAUCAUCAAAAUUGAUGUCAAGUGUUUGAUAAUGCUAUUCGACCUUUGACGCUAAAAGCUCGUGGCAUCGCGAAAGAUAUUUAUUCUUUUCUAUGUGCGCUAGCGUAUAAAAUUAUCCUCUUUGAUGCCCUCUUCUACCGUCGCUGACCAAUAAAGCUCACUGCAUAUAGUGCCACAAACUUCUCGGUGGUCAAAAUUGGAACUAACGUUAUGGAGGUCGCCAUUUUGCGAAACAUUACAUAUUAUAUUAAAGAGGUUCACAUAGGACCUGACUGCAACGUACUUUGACUUCCACAAACAAAACCAUGUGAACAACACAGCCCCCUACCGGAGCACGUUCCAAGGAUUAGGACGUUAUUGUCUUAUCGCGCGAAAGAAAACCGAAUGUAAAAGGCAUGGCCUUAGACGUGCGUCCCCCCAGCAGGGCUAGCACGGGCAAGGGAGAAAUUUAUCCACGGGGAGAGGAUAAAACGUUUAUCCCCCACACUCGUUUUAUCCACUCACCGCGCAUGGGCACGCCGGUGGAUAUAUUAUCCCCGGUGGAUAAACGGAGGGAAAGACUUGUCCACCCAUUUGUAGAUCUUAUAAAUUGGCAUUAGGUAUAUCAAUAGUCCGAAAUAAACGUAAAUUUGAUAAUAUUUGGUUAUUUUGUGCAUAUUAUUUAUCUGUUUUCUGUUGGCAUUGUUUUGUUUGGUGAUUGUUUUUUGCGGUGGUUUGUAGUAGGUAUCUAUAGUAUCUAUCAUACUAGCGGACCCGGUCAAGCUUCGUUUUGACAUAAGUGCACUUAUUCUCUAUCCCUACUCUACCCUUCUAUACCUCUACCCCUGCCCUACCCCUACCCUACCCCUGCCCUACCCCUACCCUACCCUUCCCAUUCCCUACCCAUACCCUACCCCUACCCUUACCCUAGAACUACCCUAGCCCUACCCUACCCUACCCCUACCCUACCCCAUAUUGCGAAGCAAUUGUUAAAGACCAAAACAUGCGAGACAUAAUUGUUUUUUUAAGUAAAGUUUUAUCCCCACAUCAACUUCACAGGGAUAAAUUUAUCGCGUUUAAAUGUCAAAAGUCCCAAAGUAUAUCAUUUUAUCCACUCCAUAUGCCAUAGUCGAGGAAAAGAUCUCCACGCGUAAUGUCAAUCGGGGAUUAAUUUGUCUUUCCUUUGUGGCCAUGCUAUGACGGGUGGAUUUAUAUCCUUAGUCAGUGGAUAUAAUGGGUGGAUAAAAAUUUUAUCCCUUGCCCAUGCUAGCCCGGCAGAUCCUUACGGGCCUAGCAGAAAAAACGUACAGGACAAUAGCGACACGCUCAGGCUGCAUUAUUAAGUUAGGUUUCGUGUGUUAUGUGACUAUAAAUUUGACUCCAGUAUAUUAUGAGCCGUGAUAGCUCAGAGCAAAGAUGAAGCGUUGACCAUACAGGCUGAUUAUUAGGUACGACAUUUUUUUAAAAGUCAUGAUUGUUCGUUUUCUUGUCUGAAAAAAAUAAUACAGGUUCAAAUGUUACUUCGCCGCUUUGGUACACCGGCGAAAUUGUACUCAAAAAAUGUAUUAUUCUUCAAGAAACAUACUUUUAAUUAUUUAAUUUAACCAGAUCCUUAUCUAUACUAAUAUUAUAAAGCUGAAGAGUUUGUUUGUUUGUUUGAUUGAACGCGCUAUUCUCAGGAACUACUGGACCGAUUUCAAAAAUUCUUACAGUGUUAGAUAGCUAUCGAGGAAGGCUAUAGGCUAUAUAUUAUCCCCGUAUUCCAACGGGAACGGGAACCACGCGGGUGAAACCGCGCGGCGCCAGCUAGUUAUUAUAUAAACAUAAUAUUAACAUAUCCAUAUAGUACGGGGGUAUACCUGGGUUCCCUGGACCGACGGCUGGCAUUCCGCAUUCACCUGGACCCUACAGUUAAUAUAAUGAGAAAACAUUCUUUCAAUAGCCAGACCAUUCACAAAAACAGAAAAAUGAUUAGUAACGUCACUCGCAUUGUACUUUUGCGGCGUUAAUGCUGUCUAUUGUGCAUUUAGCUUUAAGAUUUCCUGUUUUUAUAAAUUAUUUAUUUAUUAUAUUAUCUGUAUUUGAUUUUAAUGGGAAUUGUAAUAGGUUUUAGGUAUUUUGAUUUCUACAAUUUGUUAUUUAUUUACAAAAUCGUAAUUUAUUUCAAGAGCAUUGAAAUAAAAGCAUUUAUUGUUGG